GCAACCCUCGACCUUGCGGUAGCAGCAGAGCAUCAUAUAUCGAGGACUGUGUUUUUUUCUAGAAUUUCACUCAUUACGUGAAAUGAAUUUACAAAUUGAGCGUAUAACCGCAAGCAGCAUUUCGCUGUUCCAACGCCACGGGAUCCAAAAAAUGCCUCGUCAGCAGUGUAGCCGUUAACUUCUGAUACACAUCGCUAAGCUUUUCUUUAAGAGUGAAUCGAUUAAUCUCUCUAAAUUGAUAAACUUUCUUUAUUUAUUAUUUUUUUCAUUUUACAUUUUGAUCCUUUACUAUCGGUCGAAGGUAGAAAACUGUGCGCCUUCAUGCACACACUGGCGCUUAGUAGGCUAUAAACGGUGUCCUGAAAGCAUAAAUUUCCUGUUACGGAACAAUAUGCGAGCCACGUUCCUGUUUUUAAACUCGUUCGGUUGCCACAACUCGUAAAUCAACGCCAGUCAUUGUCGUGUAUAGAUGCUGCAGGUCGGUAGUCACGUGACAGCCAAUGAAACACCCAAAGAAUGACGCGCGUGUCACUCUAACAGCUGACCUCGUGACCCUACAAAAUUUGAUUACGUAUCAACAACUUAACCGCAAGCCUUUAUGUGCGGUUCGAAUUCACGUUCAGCGGAGGGGUGUAAAUGGGCGACGCAAAUUGAAGCACCCACGGCAAAUACAUACACCGACGACAGACCGUCGACGCAACGCGGACGUCCGUACCCCCUCAAGAAUUCCCGCAGUUUUUCAGAGAUCUUGAUCUUCUUGCAAAGGUGAAAUCGCUGGUUCGGGGAUGAUUCCCUCUACAUGCACACGGGACCCCAGUCGCGUGUGUCAUCUGUUGCGACACCUGACAGCCUGCAACAAAGUAUUGUGGCACGCGGGCCUUCAGCUCGGAGAAUAUUCUCGCAACGAGCUCGGAGACCUAAGCGUCGUGAUGGUGCCAGGCAUUUGCCUCGGAUUCCCACAUUGCGAAUUGUGCACCCACAACAAAGAAACAGCCCUCUCCCUCUUACGAUGGCUUCUCAAAUGGCACCGAUGUAUUGUCUCAGUGGCGGCGAACUACGGUGCCGUGAACACAGGAGGACUGGUCGAAGCCCUGGAAUCCUCGUCGAGACUCGAGAGGCUCACCCUAUUCGGCAACGCAAGCGACCAACUGGAAGUCUUCGAGCAGUUGGCCAAAUCCGGUGACGAACACCUCUUCCAAAAUGGCCAUGCGUGUUCUGUGGACCGAAUGAAAAUUCCCGCCCACUUGCUGGAAAAAGACGGCGCGGGACUGGUCUCACUGGACGUAACGGCGCUGAAGCUAAGCGUUGUCAUGGCUAAGAAGCUCAUCGAUGCUCUUCUCAAGAACAACACCAUCACGGAACUGGCUGUCGGAGGUUGCUUCUUUGUUUCAGGCCCCCUCGAAGCUGCAUCGGUGUGGUUCGCGGAAUAUCUGGUCAAGAACAACGGGACGCUGCGAAAGCUCAAUCUGACAGAACACCAGCUUGUGUUCGCAACCGCGGCGUUGCAGACGCUGGCACAAGGCAUCCGCACAAUGACGACUUUGGAAGAUCUAUUCGUGGAAGGCCAGGCCGCGAGCCAGGAUUGCGCGCUGUUCUUGGAAGUCGUAGCCCAUAGCCCGUCUCUGCGAAGUGUGAGCUUGCUGCUCGAUAUAAGUGACGAAGACUUCGUUACUCCGCAACCGGUUGAAAGCGUCGACGCACUCGACUUUCCUACUUGGGUGUCAGCGUUGCAGGAAAACAGCACGCUAGAGCAUUUAGAGCUUUACUUAACGUGGUCCACCAGCGAAGACUGCUGCCUUUUGCUCGAAGCACUUGCAAACAACCACCCCCUUCAAAGCUUGACCUUGCAAAGCGUUCCGAGCGAUGGUGGUCUUCAAGAAGUUUGUCGCAUAAUACGGGAUUGUGGCCUUGACGCAAGGGUGUGUAUCAAAGACUAUGCCGUUCACCCUCGGGACGUUCCGACGGUUUCUGCUUGUCAUGUAGUGACAUCUGUCAUGGUCAAUUCCUUUUACUUCCUACAAGACGUCGCUGCUUUGAGCAACGUGUUUAACGUCAUUGCUACUUGCCCUCACAUAACAUCAGUUCGCGUGUUUCUUCAUUUCUUCGACAACGACACGUUUGCAUCGUUAGCUGCGUACAUUACGGGAUCAAUCUCCAUCAAGGAAGUUCGGCUAAUUAUCGAAAUUUAUGACUCUGGCUAUGAAGGGGACGAAAUACAUCAUGAGGACGAUGAGUCUCUACCUCAGUCGUUAUCUAACUUGUGCGAAGCACUGUCUUCGAAUGAUAGCAUCAGCCAUAUCUACCUGGACUCGACGAUCGAAUUGCGCGACAAAGAUAGUCAAAUGCUCGCCGACGCCGUUUUGAACAACCGACAGCUUUACGAGCUCAUUCUCCCAGCCGUCAGAGGCAGUUCUGUCCCUGUAUUUCUGGGGCGUCUUCUGUCGCGAUUAGCUGAAAACUACAACCUACUUUACCUGGAGAUUCCCUUCUGCUUGCAGCACAGCGACAAGAUGUGCGCUGCUCAGGACGUUGCGCGGCGUAACUGCGGCCUCGUCCAGCGAGCGACCAGGUUCGUGAUGGGAGACCGAGGCCCAGAAUGCGCACGCCCCUUCGAGCUCCUCUCGGAGCAACCGGUACUCAUCGAGAGUGUCCUGCGUGAGGUGACCGGGACUAAGAAGUACGAAGCCGUUGCCAUGGUCAAGAAAGCCCGCCAGGUUCUGCGCCACGCUGACUUGCACACUUACAUGAGGUUGACGGGCGUCAUCCAGGAAAGGGUUGAGUGCGAGGUCCAAGAAGACAGUAGCACGCAGUUGGACCAGCUGAACUACUACUGCUGUCUGCACAUUGUCCGGUACCUGAAGUUAGUGGACGUCGUGGAACCUUGA